AUUUCUUGCUUCGAGACAUCCGCCGAUAUCCCUACAUGAUCUUUGAUCGCGCGCGGUCUUCAAUUCUUCCUUUGUCGGAUGCGCGAUUGAAGCGGCAACCAACAUGGUAAAGGCCGAUCUCAGUCGAGAUUACUAUGGUGAUCUUGAGCUUCCACCGAACGCAGAUGUUGCGGACAUCAAGAAGCAGUUUAAGAAGCUUGCUCUCACCUAUCAUCCAGAUCGCAACCCGGGACGUGAAAGCGAGGUGACGGCCAAGUUCCAGAAGAUUCAAUCGGCCCAUGAAGUCCUUAUCGACCCUACAGAACGAGCCAAGUAUGAUGCGAACAGAAUCAGAGUCUCUUCGAGUUCAUUUAGGAAUACAUAUAGUGGUGGACAAGCUUCUGGGGUGAGAGGAAAUCCGUGGGCAAAUGCAGGGGCACAAUGGGCGCCACCUCCAAAACCUCCGACAGCUCGGAAUCGAGCUCAACCUCCACCACCAUCCACUGGAGCUGGUAGGUAUGCUAAAUUCACCCCACCGAAUGCUUCAGCAUAUCAAGCGGCGCAAGAAGGACCACAAGCGAGGAAGGCUCAGUACGAAGCAUGGGACAGGACAAGACAUCAAAAUCAAACCGAGCAUGGACCUGGCAAGACAUGGAAAGCCCCUCAGCCGCCCCCAAGAGGCACUCCAACCUCUGGUCGACAAGAGAGCAACGCCCAAUCUCAAACUCGUCCGCCUAGAUCUCAACCUGGUUUUGACGAGUUCCGAGAUUCAACUAGUUCACAUGGGAGGAGUCAAAGUACCAAUGCCAGCAACCGAAAGGGCUUCAUGCCAAAUACACCUGGCGGAGAUGAACCUCCAGCGCCAAGAGGAGCAUAUUCUACGCAAAGAGACAAACCUACUGUUGCACCCGAACCACCACCACGUCGGCCUCCUCCAGCGACAACUGAAAAUCCAAGACCUUCGACUGGUAGAACAGACCCUUUGAAGAAAUUCAGAAUGGAUCCACCCACUAUGGAGGAGAGAGUAAGCACACCAUAUGCAACUCACGGCGGAGAAAAGUUCAAUCCUUUCGAAAGUGCGGCAGCAGGUAUAAAUCGGUCGAAGAGUACCAGAGAGCGAAGUGAGGGGUUUGGCAAAGACAACUUCCCCAGAGCUGGCUCGGACACCAACCUGAAAUCUAAGAAUGGCACACCACAUCGUGCACGAUCCUUCGCCGACCGAAAAUCUCAUGCUCCGCGUCCAUCAUAUAGCGAAAGUCUCGAUACAGACAGCUCAUCGGAUGAACCUAUCCAAAUGAAUAGGCCAACACCUCGUGCUUCUGCUAGACGUAGCAACGGUGCAUCUCCACGGACUACUAAGCAAGCAGGUUCUACCACGGAUCCCGAGACCCAAACCACAAGUAAGCAAAGUCGAAUCCAGCAGAUGAGACAAUGGAUGAAGGAAAAUCCCGGUCAAGAACCACCUCCUAACGGUUUCGGUGCAGAUGGACCCCCACUUCGGUCUGGUCAGCCUACUCCGAAGGCAAAUGGCGAACCAUCAAUGUAUGCUAGUCCUUCUUUCACAACCCCUAGCCAUUGUCCCACUCCUACUUCAUUCGACAGCAGACGACCCUCAAGCUAUUCAGUGAAGUUUGAGACGUUCUCAGAAAAGCUAGCUGCGGCUUCUCCGUUGCGUGCUACAGCCUACCCUCCUGCUACAUCAGUCAAAUACCCGGACUUGUCAAGCGCGACGCCGGCGACACCUCCCAGUGGAGUCCCCGCCAGCCCAGACAGUCUGAAUGCAUUUGAGCAAAUGCAACGUUCUCAUCUCGACCGUCUUCUGUCAAACAAGCGUCAGGCUAGCUUGGAUGACCAGUACAAGACACCCAAUGAGAAGGCACCGAAGACCAACGCCGGUAGCCAUUCUCGACUGUCGAUGAACGACGUCAAGCAAGACGAUUGGACACAAUAUAGGGACCCUUCUACUGAACCGGGAAGCCCGUCUAAGAAGUUCAAGACCCUGCGUCAUCUACAAGCCAACCAUACAUAUGAUUUCCAGAAGCGUCGCUUGUUUUGGGAUCACCACCUGCACAUGAAAAGUGAAGCUAACAGAGCCAAUACUAGUUUCUCGUUCAAUCUCAACAACGACUCAUUCACAAAGACUCAACCCCCAAAGACUAAUGGCUUUAGCAACAGCGCCGAGAACAUCAGCACAAAGUUUACUCCUGAAGACUGGGAUGGAAAGUUCGAAGCCGGUGGUACCUACUUCCAACCAGAAAAGGUUUCUAGCACCCCGCAGCGCCCUCGGUCUCAAUCGAACUCUCGCGCAAGAGGAAGAUCGCCAAUCAAGGUUCAGCCAAUGUUUAGUAUGCCAUCACGAUCGGAGGAGCAGACACCAAUUGAGUCUCCUGGAGGAACAAAGUUCUCGGCUCAGGACUGGGCGGAGACAUUCAAGCCACAAACUUUCAUGCCUCCACCGAUGACACCUCGUACUGGUCCUGCUCGGAAGAGAUCCCUCAAACCCACAAUGGGCGGUAAUGCAGCAGUUGUUGAUGAUGGUGAUAGCUCUGAUGAGAAGCCCCUCUUCACCGGCCGAAAGAGCGCAUCUCCACCGAAAGCCUCUCCACCUAUCAUUGGUAGUCCAGAACCUAUGGAUGUCGACACUCCACCUGUCAGCAAUACUGUACCUCAAUUUGCCAAGCCUAACGGAAAGUUGAACACGGAGCAUCUCAAGCGUCCAGCAGCUUCUGCUUCUGCAUCGCCAGUUGAUAGUGAAUUGAAGGUAGCCUUCGAAGAUCUGAAAGUCAAGGACAUCAUCUCCACUCUCGCUAUGCCUACUCCACCUCUAGGACCCUCACCACCCGUUACCGACAAGGACAUACCUUCCCGUGCCGCAUACGACGACUAUCUCCACCGAUAUGAAAAGUAUAUGCAAGAGUGGGAUCGAUUCAACGCAAAAUUCCUCUUACACAUGGUUGCCCGAAAGAAUCAGAAUGAUGAUUUGAAGGAUAAGAGAUGGGCUGAUGAUAAAGGAUUGGAGACUUACCGCAUGGGCUUGAAGGAGGAUCAAGCAGUUAUGCUGAAGUGGGCGGAGCAUACGACUGUUCACGAGGCUGUUGUCAAAUGCUUUGUUAUUAUGAAGGAGAGGAUGCAGAAUGGUGAUGUUGCCGCUGAUUCACGACGACCAAGAAAGAAGACGCAUUAAAAGGUGGAUCACUUUCCGGGUUUUCGGUCAAAUUUUAGAGGCGCUCUCGACUCGGCCGACAUCAACAAGACCUCGAACAGCUCUACGACGUUUCAGUACUCGACUAAAAGUGCUUAUCCCGGUUCCCAAUCUGGCGGUAUGAUCCAGGGCCUGGUAGAACUGAUGAUACACGAUAUGAUGGUUGUUUUGCUACUUUAUUUUUUUCUCUUCUCUUUCCUUUCUUGACGCUUUGACGAGCGA